AUGUGGCUUUUGGGGUUCUCCACUACAAACCCAAAAAUGAUGUGGAUAAUUGCAGCCGUUGUGGUCGUGCUAGUUGUGGCCAUCAUCUUAAGAAAGUUUGCAUUAACAUCUAACUAUGGAAAAGGAGACAAAUCCGAUAUUAGGAGCUAUACACUAGAAGAGCUCCGUGGUGCCACGAGAGAUUUUGGAGUCCAGAUCGGAGUCGGAGCUACUUGUCGUGUCUAUCUAGCGGAGCUCGGGGAUGGCAAGUUUGGAGCUGUGAAGCGGAUCAUGAAUGAGAGAGGAGGUUCCAGGAGAGUUUUCUUGGAUGAAAUUUCACUUCUUCUUAAGGUUUCUCACCCCAAUUUGGUCUCAUUGUUGGGUUUCUGCUUGGAUAGAGAAGAACAACUUCUAGUGUUGGAGUAUGUUCCAAAGAGGAGCCUGUUUGAGAGGAUGCACACAUCUGAGGGGCAAAAGGCAGGAAUACUUUCGUGGGAGAGCCGCUUGAGCAUUGGGCUUGACAUUGCAAAGGCACUUCACUACCUCCACUCCCAGGCCCAUCAGCCCAUCAUCCACAGAGAUGUUAAGUCCUCCAACAUCCUUCUUCUCGAUGACAACCAUGCCAAGCUCGCUGAUUUUGGGCUUUCCAAGCUCCAUGGCCCACUAAAGCCCACUACCAUCAAGGGCUCAUUCGGCUACAUCGACACCACUUAUCUCAACACGGGCCUGGUGAGCCCAAAGAGUGAUGUGUACAGUUUUGGAGUAGUGGUGUUGGAACUGAUAACGGGCCUCAAGUCCAGCCAAGGCCCAACAACGUUGGCUGAGUGGACGCACCCGUGGAGAAUGAACCAUAGGAAUGAUAUUGAUUUGAUGGCUGCAAUGUUAUUGGAUCCCAAACUUCAUGGGAAGGCCCACUUCGGGCAGCUGCGAGUGUUGGUGGAGUUAACCAAUUGGGCUUUGAAUGACAGGUGGGAAGCCAGGCCUGAUAUGGGUCAGAUUGUGGAUACCCUCUGUACUUGUGUCCAAAUGCAGCCCAGUACGUGUUUAAAUUAG